AUGGAGAAACAAUUCCAGACUGAAAAGUAUUUGUGCCGACGCCGACGCAUCUUAAUGGCACAAGAAUUAAGUCUAACGGAACGUCAAAUCAAAAUCUGGUUCCAAAACCGGAGGAUGAAGUAUAAAAAGGAACAGAAACAAAGAGUGUCAUCUCCAACUCGGACAUUCGCUUCAUCCGUUGCUAGUCCAAGUACCACAUCAGGAAUCCUAUCGGUAAGACCUAAUCACCAUUUGGCUACAAGGAGGCAGGUUGUUCAUGAAACGCGCAUUCCACUAACCUUACCGGUAAACAAGUUUAGUUCUUAUCAACGUCUCCAAGUAGAUACGAAUUAUUAUCGAUACUUGCCACAGAAUCAUAACUACUAUCCUGUGCAACAAACUGUGGAGAAUAAUCCAUCGUGUCAGCCUUGCCUCAACACUCAUCCCAACUCAACAAGUAUAGAACAGCCAAAUCAAUUUUUGGAACAGAAAAAUAAGUAUUCUGUUGCUCGGAUCAACCAAUAUUCAGGUAACGAAGGUGCUACUGGGAGUCUCAUUAGUUUAUAA